AUGUGCCAUUGCUGCCUACAUACCGGACACGUCCAGCGGCUGUGCCUAUCAGCGGUGGACCGCAGCGGUAGGUGUUAUCGCUGCGGAGACCUCGGUCACAGUGCUGGGAAGUGCCAGGCAAAGGAGCCGCAAUGCCCGCUUUGUGCGGACCUCGGUCGCCCGGCCAAACAUCUUUUGAGGGGACAGGCUUGUUCGGCCCCCCCGGCUCCCAGCAAGAAGCCGAGCCCUGUGAGGACGGGAACUCGUCUCUCUUCCCCCGUCCGUGACGUGGUUCCGGAGUCUCCUUUCCCUGCAAGCCAGCUGGCUCCGACCUCUGCACCAGCAGACGGAAAAGGCACUUUGAUGGAGUCGACGGUGGAGGAGCCGCCGGAGCCGUCUAAGACACUAGAAGCGCCAAAGAUGACGAGUGCGGCCGUACCUGACUCUCCGGUGCUUUUUGCUCCGAAAAAUGUACCAGGCGAAGCGGCCGCAAAAAAGACGGAGAGGCUGGGAACUAAGUUCCAGCGAGCGAGGAGUGUCCUCGCUGCCCUGCUGGAAACUCUCCAAUCCAAGAAGCCUAGGCCAGGUCCCCGAUCCUCGAAGGACCCAAAUCUUUCAGGUCAAAGGAGACUUUAA